AUGAUUGCCGUUAUUACGGUAUACGAGCUGAUAAAUGAAUUCGCGAAUCAACACGAAUUAGUGCAGCGUUAUAUAGAGACAGAUUUCGAUUUCAAUGGAUGGCUUUCAGAGUUAUCCAUUCGUUAUUUAUAUUCGUCGCCGAUGUAUAUCAAUAAAAUACUGCAGUUCGUGGAAUAUUAUCUCAACCCUCUGCAACAACUCAAGCAGCAACUCAGGUUUAUAACUGUUCAUUACUAUUAUUACUCUAAUCAAUUUUCAUAUCAAUUCAUUUCUCUUCACUUACUGCCUCUAAAUCAUUAUUUGCCCUAUCAAAGUAUUUUCUAUUCAAGUAGUAAUUCUUCGAAUUCAAAAAGUUGA